AAGCCCGCACCGCACAACAUCCGGCACGCCUCCCACCGGCUUCCUUCCGCCUAUUUCAGUCCCCGAGACGCGCACCGGAUGCCGCCUCCCAUAUCCCUCUCCCAUCUCUAACAACUAUCCGCGGGCGGUGCAAUCUGUUUGUAUCCGUCGCUCGCCCCCGACGACCGAGAAGAGCUAGCCUAGCGCCGUUGCUCGGGAAGAUGGACCACGCGGCGGAUGCGCAGCGGACGGACCUGAUGACGAUCACGCGGCACGCGCUGAACGAGCAGGGGCGGCACCCGGAGUCCCGGGGCGACUUCACCAUCCUCCUCUCCCACAUCGUCCUCGGCUGCAAGUUCGUCGCCUCCGCCGUCAACAAGGCCGGCCUCGCCAAGCUCAUCGGCCUCGCCGGGGAGACCAACGUCCAGGGGGAGGAGCAGAAGAAGCUGGACGUGCUCUCCAACGAGGUCUUUGUCAAGGCGCUCGUCAGCAGCGGCCGCACCUGCGUUCUCGUGUCUGAAGAGAACGAGGCGGCCAUCUUCGUCGACGCGCCCCUCCGCGGAAAGUACUGCGUGUGCUUCGAUCCGCUGGACGGCUCCUCCAACAUCGACUGCGGCGUCUCCAUCGGGACCAUCUUCGGGAUCUACAUGAUCAAAGACAAGGACAACGCUACUCUCGAGGAUGUACUGCAACCCGGGACUAACAUGAUUGCUGCUGGCUACUGCAUGUAUGGGAGUUCAUGCACGCUCGUGUUAAGCACUGGAAACGGUGUAAAUGGUUUCACUCUUGAUCCUUCCCUCGGGGAGUUCAUACUAACUCAUCCCAACAUAAAGAUACCAAACAAAGGGAAGAUCUACUCGGUGAACGAAGGGAAUGCCAGAAACUGGGACGCGCCUACAGCCAAGUACGUUGAGAGAUGCAAGUUUCCCCAAGACGGCUCAUCGCCAAAAUCCCUGAGAUACAUUGGAAGUAUGGUUGCUGAUGUUCACCGCACCCUGCUCUACGGAGGCAUAUUUCUGUACCCCGCGGACAAGAAGAGCCCCAACGGAAAACUCCGUGUUCUGUACGAGGUUUUCCCCAUGUCGUUCCUCAUGGAGCAAGCCGGAGGCCAGUCUUUCACCGGCAAACAGCGGGCCCUUGAAAUCGUUCCUUAUGAGAUACACCAGAGGUCUCCGAUAUUCCUCGGGAGCUACGAUGAUGUGGAGGAGAUUAAAUCGCUGUACGCUUCGGAGUCGAGCACCGCCUGAUCCGAGUACCUGAAGACACAUACACAUGUUCUGCAUCGCGUUGCUGAAAGAACAAAGUUAAACUCCUCAGGUAGUGUUAUGGUGAUUCUGAGAUCAUUGUCAUGGCCUCGAUGUAACAAUAUCCGUGUAUACAUAUUGCACGCCAUUUUAACAAGUAUUCCCUCUGUAAAGAAAUAUAAGAUCACGGACCACACCCCCUUACUUUUCAUCGUUAUCAGUAAUAAGAGUUCACUGGUCUUGUAAUUCA